AUGAAAACACUUUCUCUUCCGUCUCUCUUUGUACUAAUCAGCUUUUUCCUAGGUGCAAUUCAGCUGCAUGUAUCGAAUGCUCAGUUGAAUGCAACAUUUUACUCAAACACAUGUCCAAAUGUAUCUGCCAUUGUCCAAAAUGUCAUACAACAGGCUUUGCAGUCUGAUCCGCGUAUUGGUGCAAGCCUCAUUCGACUUCAUUUCCACGAUUGCUUUGUUGAUGGAUGUGAUGGUUCGAUUUUACUGGAUAACAACGGAACUUUAAGAAGUGAGAAAGAUGCAGCUCCCAAUACCAACUCUGCUCGCGGUUUUGAUGUUGUUGACAAGAUAAAGACUGCUGUUGAAAAUUCUUGUCCUGGUAUUGUCUCUUGUGCAGAUAUUCUGGCACUUGCUGCUGAAUCAUCUGUCUCUCUGUCAGGAGGACCUUCAUGGAAUGUGCUACUGGGAAGGAGGGACAGCAAGACAGCAAAUCAAGCAGGAGCCAAUACCUCUAUUCCCGCUCCCUUUGAAAGCUUAAGCAACAUUACUGCAAAGUUUACCGCUGUUGGACUCAACAUAAAUGAUCUUGUAGCAUUGUCUGGGGCUCACACAUUUGGACGAGCUCAAUGUCGAUUAUUCAGCAGUCGACUUUACAACUUCAGUGGAUCUGGCAAUCCUGAUCCAUCACUAAACACAACAUACUUGGCUACCUUGCGCCAGAUAUGCCCACAGAAUGGGAGCACUACUGCUUUGGCCAAUCUUGAUUUUACCACACCUAAUACAUUCGACAAUAACUAUUUCUCUAACCUCCAAACCAAUCAAGGCCUGCUUCAAUCAGAUCAAGAGCUGUUCUCCACUCCAGGUGCUGCAACGAUUUCCAUAGUGAACACUUUCAGUAGUAAUCAGAAUGCAUUCUUCCAAAGCUUUGCGCAAUCCAUGAUCAAUAUGGGGAAUAUUAGUCCUUUAACAGGUACUAAUGGAGAGAUCAGGUCGGAUUGUAAGAAGGUUAAUUGAUGGAAUCUAAGAAAGCUUCUGCAGAACAGUUCAAGAUACUCCACUUUACAAGCUGGCUCCCAGAAUUGUAAAACUUGAAACUUGGUACCCAAGAGAAGAAAAAAGACGUUCUAAACAGUAAGUUUUUGGUAUUUUCGAUUCUUUCCAAUCCAUAAAGAUGUUGAAUUCUUGUACUACUACUAGAUACCAUUGCAAUUUUUGGCCCAAUUGGGCAUGUGAAACUUUGCAAUAGUCAAGCCUGAAAUAUGAUUACCCUUCUAUUU